CACAUUUGCAAGAAAGGCCAAUCUUAAGGAAAGUGGUUACGUUAAGCCAAAGGCCAAUUUUUGUGUCUUCAAGCAAGAAAAAAGACACACACUGAGUGUGUUUUUGGCAACAAAUUUCAACGCCAUUAAAGUGAUUAAUGGUAAUCACAAAACAGCCAUUGAGUUGCGAUGCGAUGCGAUGCGAGCUCACUAUAUAUAACUGCAACUCUCCCUCCCCCUCUCUCUCAUCAUCAUCAUCCACAUUCAUCACUAUCAUCUCUCUCACACAGGCGCAAAAACCUUCUUACCAUCUUCCAGCCCAAGCAUACACUGGAUCCGUUGCAGAAGAGAUGGGUUCAAUUACUCCGUGGCCCAGAAUUCUCUUCUUGAUUUUCAUUGCGUUGAGUGCGUUUUACUUUCACCAAUCUUCUGCUGAUGGGACUGAAGCAGACCAGCCCGUUGCUCUUUAUGUAAACGCAUCUGAAUCAUCAGCAAAAAAGAUACCAAAAACCUUGUUUGGUAUAUUUUUUGAGGAGAUUAAUCAUGCUGGUGCUGGAGGAUUAUGGGCCGAGCUUGUCAGCAACAGAGGUUUUGAAGCUGGGGGGCCUAAUGUGCCUUCGAAUAUUGAUCCAUGGUCUUUCAUUGGGAACGAAUCAUCUGUGAUUGUGUCAACAGACCGUUCUUCAUCCUUUGAGCGAAAUAAAAUUGCAUUAAGAAUGGAGGUGCUUUGUGGUGAAGGUUCCAAAGCUUGUCCAGCUGGAGGAGUCGGUAUAUACAACCCUGGCUUUUGGGGAAUGAAUAUUGAACAAGGGAAGACAUAUAAAUUGGUGUUCUAUGUACGUUCAUCGGGCCCCAUUAAUUUGUCUGUGUCACUGACUGGAUCCACUGGAUCACCGACGCUGGCAACUACUAGCAUUGUAGCUUCUGAAGUUUCAAACUGGACUAAGAUGGAAGCUACUUUACAAGUGAAAGGAAGUGAUGCAAAAGCUAGACUUCAACUGACAACAACCAGGAAAGGUGUCAUAUGGUUUGAUCAAGUAUCAUUGAUGCCCACAGAUACAUACAAGGGACAUGGUUUUCGCAAUGAUCUGUUUGCAAUGCUGAAAGAUUUGAAACCGGGGUUUAUGAGAUUCCCAGGUGGUUGUUUUGUUGAAGGUGAUUGGUUAAGAAACGCAUUCCGCUGGAAGGAAACUAUCGGGCCAUGGGAGGAGCGGCCAGGGCAUUUUGGUGAUGUCUGGCAUUAUUGGACUGACGAUGGGUUUGGUCAUUUUGAAUUCCUCCAGCUAGCGGAGGAUUUGGGUACAGCACCGAUAUGGGUGUUCAACAAUGGAGUCAGCCACAAUGAUGAAGUCGAGACUUCCAGCGUCUUGCCUUUCAUACAAGAAAUAUUGGACGGUCUUGAGUUUGCACGAGGAGAUGCUCAUUCAAAAUGGGGUUCAGUUCGAGCAGCAUUGGGGCAUCCGGAACCCUUUGACCUUAAAUACGUUGCAGUGGGGAAUGAGGAUUGUGGAAAGAAAUAUUACCUUGGGAACUACCUCAGGUUCUACAACGCAAUAAAGCGUGCUUAUCCCGACAUCAAAAUAAUAUCAAACUGUGAUGGUUCUUCCAAGCCAUUGGAUCAUCCAGCUGAUUUUUACGAUUAUCAUAUAUAUAGCAGUGCAAGUACUGUGUUUGGAACAGCUCAAAAGUUCGAUAAAGCACCACGAAGUGGUCCAAAGGCUUUUGUGAGCGAGUAUGCUGUCACCGGAGACGAUGCUGGCAAGGGUAGUCUCAUAGCAGCAAUAGCUGAAGCGGGGUUUCUCAUCGGGCUUGAAAAGAACUGUGAUGCUGUUGAGAUGGCAAGUUACGCACCUCUAUUUGUGAACACCAAUGACAGGACGUGGAACCCGGAUGCAAUUGUGUUCGACUCCUCCAAAGUGUAUGGAACUCCUAGCUACUGGAUGCAGCAUUUCUUCCGGGAGUCAAAUGGGGCGACCCUUCUUGAUUCUUCCCUCCGAUCCAACCUGGAAAACUCUCUCAUUGCUUCUGCUAUAACUUGGAAAGAUUCAGACAGCAGGAAACACCUGAGAAUAAAGGUGGUGAAUUUCGGAAGCAACAACGUGACACUCCAGAUUUCGGUUGACGGGUUGGAGGUGAACUCGCUGCAAUCAUCGGGGUCAACAAAGGUCGUGCUGACAUCUGGCAACCCGAAGGAUGAGAAUUCGUUCCAAACUCCGAAUAAGAUCGUCCCGAUCAAGAGUCAGCUGGACGAAGUGAGCGAGGAGAUGGAUGUGGUGGUCUCUCCCCAUUCAUUGACAUCAAUUGACUUGUUAAUAAACUCCAACCCUAUCAGAACCAUGGGAUCAAAUUCUGUUGAUGUAUCUUCCUACUAAAGGAAUGGUUCUGUCUUAAUGUUGUGUAAUGUAAUAAGUUAAAAUGGUUAUAAUAUAAAAUAUUAAUAAGUUUA